GUCACCGGGCUGCUCGCUCUCAGUGGCCGCGGCUCCGCUCGGGGGAUGAAGUAGGAGUUGUUUGUUCUUUCAUGCAUGUAUAAAUCCCUCCGUUCUCUUUUCCUUUCUUGCCACUGAAAUAGCAAGAGACACUCCACCGAGCCUGCAACAUACUGGCAGCAAACCUGCGCUGGCCCCAGCUGACGAGAGCAGAUGGGACAAGUCUCUGCUUUUCAGCAUCAGGAGAGCUAAAAACAGCUGCUGAUUUUUCCCUUCAGAGAAAACUGUUUGAUACCUGCGAGGUUUGCAGCUCACUUUCUUAUAAAGGAGAAGAGCAGCCCACGACUGACACAAAACUCACUGUAAAUGCAGAUUUUGCUUCUACUUGUAAAAGCAACUAAAGAAAAGUCCUGCUUGAUUCCAUCUCAUGUGCACAGCAACAACUUGGAAGGACUUCUUUUCCUUUUUCCUCCCUUUUUUAUUUAUUUAUUUUUUUUUUAACCUGUGCUCUAUCAGGUCUGUAAUCACUUGUGAAUUUGAGUCCUUUGCUGACAAUGAAUACCACACACUUUGCAUUUUCAUUUCAGCCUGUGCUGCUCAAUGUCACCGAAGACUUCAAUGACUCAGUUCUGAGCAACAGGAGCAGCAAUGGAUUCUGUGAGCAGGUCUUCAUAAAAGCUGAGGUCUUCUUGACUUUAGGGAUCAUCAGCCUGCUGGAAAACAUCCUUGUCAUUCUUGCAGUGCUGAAGAACGGAAACCUACAUUCUCCCAUGUACUUCUUCCUUUGUAGCUUGGCUGUGGCAGAUAUGCUGGUGAGCAUGUCAAAUGCCUUGGAGACUGUCAUGAUUGCAAUCCUGAGCAACGGCUACUUGAUCAUUGAUGACCACUUUAUUCAGCAUAUGGACAACGUUUUUGACUCAAUGAUUUGUAUUUCUUUAGUAGCCUCAAUUUGCAACCUCUUGAUUAUAGCUAUUGACAGGUACAUAACUAUUUUCUAUGCUCUCCGUUACCACAGCAUCAUGACUGUGAAGAAAGCUUUAACUCUGAUUGUGGUCAUUUGGAUUGCUUGUAUCAUCUGUGGCAUCAUAUUCAUUGCCUACUCAGAAAGCAAAACUGUCAUUGUCUGUCUCAUCACCAUGUUCUUUACCAUGCUCUUUCUCAUGGCCUCCCUUUAUGUCCAUAUGUUCUUGUUUGCACGCCUGCACGUCAAGCGGAUCGCAGCCCUGCCCAUGGACGGGGUGCCCUACCAGCGCACCUGCAUGAAGGGAGCCGUCACCAUCACUAUUUUACUUGGUGUCUUCAUUGUUUGCUGGGCACCUUUCUUCCUUCACCUCAUUCUCAUCAUUUCUUGCCCGAUGAAUCCAUACUGUGUCUGCUACACCUCACACUUUAACACCUAUCUGGUCUUGAUAAUGUGCAACUCAGUAAUUGAUCCACUCAUUUAUGCUUUCCGGAGCCUGGAGAUGAGAAAGACCUUCAAAGAAAUAGUGUGUUGCUGCUACGGCAUAAAUGUGGGACAGUGCAUGCUGUAAACCUCAGCCUUUGUACUGAGAAUAAAGAGGAUACAUAUGACAGGUGUACAAAUAUAGACAUGUGUCUGGAUACAUAGGAACUCCUCUUUAAAAGCAGAGCUUGAAGGAAUAGCACAGGAAUGAAAAAGUAACCUUGUCCUUGAUCUCUUGGUUUAUAUUUUUCAAAAUGAAAGCCAGAUUCAACUAAAUAAUAUGAAGUUAUUUAAAUACUUGUCACAGAAGGAAAUCCAGAGUGGCUUACAAAAUAGCUUAAGAAAUUUACUUGAAAAAUGAAUCAUGAAAGUGAAUGCUGCCUUAUAGAGACUGAAAUAACAUUGUUUCUACCAUUCAUUUGUACCUGUUGCUUUAUCUCUGUGCCACUGCCAACAAGUCAGUGUUUUCAAAAAGAUUUCUUUAGUUACACCUAUGGAAAGAUAAUCACUUACAAAACAAAUCAAACACCAACAGGUAACAGCAUUGCUCUACCCUUACUCUCAUGCCUCCACCUUUUAUUAAAGGAAUAGAAUAACAUUUGUGCUAUAAAGCAACCCAAUCUUUGAAGGGCGAAGGUAAACAUUCCUCUUGCACUGAACUAUUCUCUCAGUAGAAAUCAGUCAAGUGAAAAGGAACAAUUACUGUAUCAGUAAUAGUGUGUGUUAAACAGCUGUCUGAUAGAACUGACUAAUUUGAAGACAUUUACAUUCGCUGUUGUGAUAUAUGAGCAUCAUAUCCUCAAACUAUUUUUCUUUAAACUGAAAUGCACUGAUUUAUGUAGUAUUUAGUGUGUUAACAAAACAAAUCACAGAAAUCUCCUUUUGAUAAAUUGUCAACAGUGAGACCCAUCCCUAGAGAAUUUAAGUCUACACUGAGCUGAACAUAAGGAACAGCUAAAAUGCAAAAUGGUUUGAAUUUAGCUUUUUGUUAGUGUUACAUGGAGUCUUUGGAGAUAUCCAUUUGGCUAAGUUAGGCAUCUGAAAGCAAUAGGAUGUGUAUGGCAGAUAUGACUUCUAUGCAUCGAGAAUUUUAUGUCACAAGUCAGUCUCUUUUUACUUAAAGAGCUUUACGCUGAGUUCAGUGGGUGGACACACCUGCAUUAGGAGCAAGAAAACAAUGUGCUGUUUGCAGUCAUUUUCAAACUCUGUGUGCAAGUUCGUGGCAUGUAAACAUGCAACUCCAGCUACAAUAACUUAGUCUUUGUCUCUGCUUUUUAUAGGAAUAAACCACGUAAGUGGCCUUCAAAUAGCAUAUUGUAACUGAGCAAAGGCUGAUGUGAUUUGUAUGUAAUACAGUGUACAGGCAGUAUCACAGACAGUGCCAGGCUGAGAAAACUCUAAGCCAUUCUAAAAAUCUAUUUAGUACCUUUCUGGUAUCUCACUUUUAGUAAGAGCAGUAACCUGGAACUCUCAGGGCAGAGGGGGACCAAAUACUGUCUAAUGCCUCCAAAUAUCUAGAAGAUCUCAUUUGACUUACGAGUUCUCUUUUCUUCCCACAAUUUCAUCCUCCCACGUCCCCAAUAUUCUCACUGUUUCACCACUUACCUAAUCUCAUAAACCUUAAUUUAAAAAGCUAAACUAAAAAAAUCACCAAGGUCCUUUGGGCACCGUAGGGCAUGUAGCAGAACAGACACAGAUGAAACUUCUCCCACAUUUCAGGUAGGAACCAGAGAAAAGCCCCAAUAACCAGCAAGAAAGUUAAACUGAAUGCUUUCAGACUUCUCUGUGUCUCACAAAUUACAUUUCAGCAGUACAAGGAUCAUACGGUUAGCUCAGCCUUACUUCUGCAGCAUCUGAUGUGCACAUUAAGACCAAUCAGCAUAAGAAACCACACAACCAGCCUUUUGUGGUGUGGAAAGACUGUACCUACUUGUCGCAAAAAACUCUGCUUGUCGUCAGUGUUAUGUACCUUUAUACUCUGAUGCACUGUUUGCCAUGAUAUUCUGCCUCAGGUUAUUGUGUAUUUAGCUUUUCUUCUACCUGAUGUCCUAUUUACUCCUCUUUUAAAAAGUGUUUUUUUUAGAUGAGACUGAUUCAUACUGUGCUUUGCCUUUAAGCAAAAAAUAUGCCUGUUGAAUAAAACAGUCUGAAGACUUCA